AUGUUUGAGGACCGUAGCAUGCACAUCACCCGCCUUCUCUUUUGUGGGCCUCAUUGGCCUGCCUCUCAAAAUUAUACGAGAGAAUAUUUGCAAGAGUACCCAUUUAUCCAGGUUGAUGAUGUUCCAUUAGAUGAUGUGCCUGAUGUCAUCAAAAACUAUGAUAUGUGUGUAGUAAAAAGCAUGCGGCUAAAUGCAGAUGUUAUUUCUCGUGCAAAUCGGAUGAAACUUAUAAUGCAGUAUGGCGUUGGAUUGGAAGGUGUUGAUGUCGGUGCUGCGACAGUGCAUGGAAUUAAAGUUGCUAGAAUUCCCGGGGACAUAACUGGAAAUGCAGCUUCAUGUGCUGAAAUGGCCAUAUAUCUGAUGUUGGGUCUUCUUCGUAAGCAAGUUGGUUCAUUUGAAUCCAUUAGAUCAGCUUAG